UGCGGCGGAGAAAGCACCUACAGCCGGGAAGAGUGGGGGUGGGAGCCACCGGGGUCUCUUCCCUUUUAUCCGGGAGCCUCAGGGGAAUUUGCAAGGUGUGAAAGGACUUUUAUGAUUGGGAGGACCGAAACUCCUAAGCCCAAGGGUUCCAGAGUCUAAAGGGGACAAGGGGCGGGGUGUGGGAACUGGAGAAACCUGGGUAUCUCUGGGGGCAGUACUGAUUGGGCCUUACUGAGUGAGGCUGGGAAACGCAAAGUGCUAGUGCGAGGUGCUGUGCACGUACGCAUCUCUCUCUCUCUCUCUCUCUCUCUCUCUCUCUCUCUCUCUCUCUCUCUCUCUCUCUCUCUGUGUGUGUGUGUGUGUGUGUGUGUGUGUGUGUCCGCGCGCGCGCGUAUCCCAGAACGGUGUCCGAAGGACAACCUGUCCUCUGUUUCUCAGAGGCUCUGGCGAGAAGAGAAGUCAGGAUGCGGUGGGGGGUAUGUUAAUGGACCUGGCCUUGGCUGAAGGUGCGUUCUGGGCUAGAUCGAAGUCAUCCCAUCUCUGUGGCCGGAGGGAAACAGACUAUUAGUGGGACGAAAUGGAGAUUUCUGGAGCCGAGUAGGUCCCCGCAAGAGCCUAAUGACCAACCACAGAUUUUUCCCUGCCAUGGGGUGGGACUUUCCCUGCCAAGCGGGAGAGACUGCUUGGAUAUUUUGACCCUCUAUAAAAAAUACGAGGUUGAAGGAAAGGAUGAAUAGUUUGGGAUGGCAGAGGAGAGUAAUAUGGGGUACAAACUUGGAAAAUAAAUCGAGAUGUCCUUUAAGGAGGCUCCUGGCCCUUUAAUAGGGGGCGGAGCAUCGUUUGGGCUUUGCCCCGGCGCGCCCAGCUAGGGUCUCCGCGGAGCGGAGGCGUGGUAAGGCUCGAAGGGGCAUGGUAGUCUAGGCUGGUGGGCGUGGCCUGGUGGCGGGGCGGGGCGAGGCUGGGCACACUGCCCUGGGGCUGAGUCUCCGGUGGAGGGCGGCGGAGACCCGGGGCAGGAGGCGGUGGCGUCUUCGGCGGCAAGAGCAGCAUGGAUUGGGGUACCGAGUUGUGGGAUCAGUUUGAGGUGCUGGAACGCCACACACAGUGGGGGCUGGAUCUGUUGGACAAAUACGUGAAGUUCGUGAAAGAACGCGUCGAGGUGGAGCAGUCUUAUGCGAAGCAACUCAGGAGUCUGGUGAAAAAGUAUCUUCCCAAGAGACCUGCCAAAGAUGACCCCGAAAUCAAGUUUAGCCAGCAACAGUCAUUUGUCCAGCUUCUCCAGGAGGUCAAUGAUUUUGCAGGCCAACGAGAGCUGGUGGCCGAGAGCCUUGGCAUCCGAGUGUGUCUGGAGCUGGCUAAGUAUUCACAGGAGAUGAAGCAAGAGAGGAAGAUGCACUUCCAAGAAGGCCGUCGGGCCCAGCAGCAGCUGGAAAAUGGCUUCAAACAGCUGGAGAAUAGUAAGCGAAAGUUUGAACGAGACUGUCGCGAGGCUGAGAAAGCGGCUCACACCGCAGAGCGGCUGGACCAGGACAUUAAUGCCACCAAGGCGGAUGUGGAGAAGGCCAAGCAGCAAGCCCACCUUCGGAACCACAUGGCAGAAGAGAGCAAGAACGAAUACGCGGCCCAGCUGCAGCGCUUCAACCGGGACCAGGCUCACUUCUACUUCUCACAGAUGCCGCAGAUAUUCGACAAGCUGCAGGACAUGGAUGAACGCCGGGCCACCCGCCUUGGGGCCGGGUAUGGGCUCUUAUCUGAAGCUGAACUGCAGGUGGUUCCCAUUAUUGGCAAAUGCUUGGAGGGCAUGAAGGUGGCCGCAGAGUCCGUGGAUGCUAAGAACGACUCGAAGGUCCUCAUCGAAUUACACAAGUCAGGGUUUGCCCGCCCGGGUGACUUGGAAUUUGAAGACUUCAGCCAAGUUAUGAACCGAGUGCCGUCGGACAGCAGCCUGGGCACCCCAGAUGGCAGGCCUGAGCUCCGAGCAGCUUCCAGCCGUAGUCGUGCCAAGCGUUGGCCUUUUGGGAAAAAGAACAAGCCGCGUCCCCCAUCCCUGUCCCUCCUGGGGGGUCACCUACCCUCCACACUGUCUGAUGGACCCUCAUCCCCCCGUUCUGGCCGUGACCCCUUGGCCAUACUGAGCGAGAUCAGUAAGUCGGUCAAACCGCGGCUAGCAUCCUUCCGCAGCCUCCGAGGCAGCCGUGGGACCGUGGUCACCGAAGAUUUCAGUCACCUGCCCCCGGAGCAGCAGAGAAAGCGACUCCAGCAACAGUUGGAAGAGCGGAACCGAGAGUUGCAGAAGGAGGAGGACCAGAGGGAGGCCCUGAAGAAGAUGAAAGAUGUAUAUGAGAAAACACCACAAAUGGGGGACCCCGCCAGCUUAGAGCCCCGCAUUGCAGAGACCCUGGGCAACAUUGAAAGGCUGAAGCUGGAAGUGCAGAAGUAUGAGGCUUGGUUGGCAGAAGCUGAAAGCCGGGUCCUCAGUAACCGAGGGGACAGCCUAAGCCGUCACACUAGGCCUCCUGAUCCCCCAACUACUGCCCCACCUGAUAGUAGCAGUAGCAGCAACAACAGUGGAUCCCAGGAUAAUAAGGAGAGCUCAGAAGAGCCCCCUUCAGAAGAAGGCCAGGACACCCCCAUCUACACUGAGUUCGAUGAGGACUUUGAAGAACCUGCAUCCCCCAUCGGCCAGUGUGUGGCUAUCUACCAUUUUGAAGGAUCCAGUGAGGGGACCGUCUCCAUGUCCGAGGGGGAAGACCUCAGUCUGAUGGAGGAAGACAAGGGUGAUGGAUGGACACGGGUGAGGAGGAAACAGGGAGGCGAGGGCUAUGUGCCCACCUCUUACCUCCGAGUCACACUCAACUGAACCCCACUGGAGGGGACGAUGGGCAGGACUGUCAGCUGCUGCUUCUGGGCCACAGGGGACCUUUGCACUUUAUUCCUGCCCUCGUGGCUUUUGGCUGAAACCUGUGUAACCUGCUGUCCCUCAUCCGCCUCACCUGGCACCCCACGGGGGACCACUUGUGGCUUCCCGUGUGGCUGUACAUAGUUGUCAUUUCAGACCUUUCUCCCUGCCGCUCGGCUUGGGCCAAGUUUUGUUUUAUAUUAAAAAGUAUAUAUAAUUACAUAAA